GUCCUCGCCAUCCCCUUCCCCAGAGAUUGGGACCGCGGGUCUGGGGGCGGAAGUCAGGAGAUGGGCUCUAUUCCGUUCUCGUCGCUGAUGCCUUUGGAAGGCACAUCCUUUGCCCGUACCACUGCCCUGAUGAGAGGGUGCAGAUGGUAGUCGCAGUGGCUCCGAGCGCCUUCAGCACAACAUUGGGUUUUUUUUAUUCGUGAUCAGGACUGCACACAUAAGGCUGACUCGCUCUGCAUAGGUUAUUGCGCAUCGCGAACUUGUGAAAAUCUGGGGAUAUUGGAAGUGCAUCAGCAUGUCUGACAUUCAAGAAGCCACUAACCAACUUUUGGAUAUAAGUCCUCUUGAGAACCAGAAGUUUAUACAAGUGGCAGAACGUCACCACAGAAAAGAGACGGAGCUCCUCCAAGUCACUAUUGGAGCCACCGUACCUACUGGCUUUGAGCAAACAGCUGCAGAUGAAGUGAGAGAGAAACUGAGGUCAUCAUGCAAAAUAAGCAAAGACCGGGGCAAGAUCUAUUUUGACAUUUCAGCGGAAAGUCUGGCUCAGGUUCAUUGCUUGAGAUCAGUGGAUAACUUAUUUGUGGUUGUUCAGGAGUUUAAAGAUUACCAGUUCAAAGAAACGAAGGAAGAAGUUCUAAAGGAUUUUGAAGAAUUGGCUCAGAACCUCCCAUGGUCGGCCCCCAUGGCAGUAUGGAAAAUGAACAACAGUUUCAAGAAGAAAAAAACAAAGUGCAAAAAAACAAAUCCAAAUUCAAGUAAAGAUAAGAUUAAUAAAGAACAAGGAGGGAAAAGAGCUGAGAGAGAUGUUAAAAAAGAAUUCAUGAGUAAUUCGUGGGAUUCAAAUAUUUUAGACUAUUACGAAAAUCCAGCUAUUAAGGAGGAGAUAUCAACAUUAGUAGGUGAUGAUUUGGCAUCUUCCAAAGAAGAUGAGACUGAAGACAGCUCAAAAGGAGAAACUGACCUUCAGGUGCUAAAAUUUAGGGUCACGUGCAGCAGGGCAGGGGAGAAACAUUGCUUCACCUCCAGUGAGGCUGCCAGAGAUUUUGGAGGUGCUGUUCAAGAGUACUUCAAGUGGAAGGCGGACAUGACCAAGUUCGAUGUGGAGGUCCUUUUGAAUAUUCACGAUAAUGAGGUUAUUGUGGGCAUUGCGUUGACAGAAGAGAGUCUCCACCGAAGAAAUAUUACCCAUUUUGGACCCACGACUCUUAGAUCUACUCUUGCAUAUGGCAUGCUCAGGCUCUGUACUCCCCAGCCUUCUGAUGUAGUAGUGGAUCCAAUGUGUGGAACAGGGGCAAUACCAAUAGAGGGAGCUACUGAGUGGUCUAACUGUCAUCAUAUCGCUGGUGACAAUAAUCCAUUGGCUGUGAAUAGAACAGCAAAUAACAUCCAGUCUCUACUGACCAAGAACCAAAUUCAAGAAAGUAAACCAUCCUGGGGUCUGCCCAUAGAUGCUCUUCAAUGGGAUGUCUGCAAUCUGCCAUUAAGAACAGGCUCUGUGGAUAUUAUUGUAACUGACAUGCCAUUUGGAAAAAGGAUGGGCUCCAAGAAGAGAAACUGGAACCUUUAUCCCGCUGGUCUACAAGAGAUGGGCCGAGUGUGUCGGCCUGGGACGGGACGAGCCAUACUACUCACUCAGGACAAGAAAUGCUUUACGAAGGCCUUAUCUGGAAUGGGACACAUGUGGCGCAAGGUGCAUACUGUCUGGGUGAACAUAGGGGGUCUUCAUGCUGCAGUUUAUCUUCUCAAGCGUACCCACCAGGCUUUUGAUCAUCCUUCAGGACAAGAUGGAGAAAAGGGAGCCCCUUGGUAAUGCAAAGAGUGAAGAUGACAAAUGACACCCAUCCUUCCCAACCUUGGAAACACCAGUGUGACAAAGGGAGGAAGGGGUGCUUGGGAGCAGUGACUAGUAGGAACAGAAAUGCAGUUCAUAAUGAGGUUAUUUCAUUUAAAGCUCUGCCCUGCUUAGCAAAAAUUAUACAUGUAAUGUGAUAGAAUUGGAAAUAGUCUUAAGAGAAAGCAGAGCUUGUUUUUCAAAGAGUAGCUGAGCAAUUAAUAAUUUUUAAAAGUGCUUUUUAAAAGCCCAGUGAAAAGCCUACCAAAAGGCUUUGGGUUUGGGUUUAGAACUGUUUGUUUUCAGGGUUUGCAGCAGCUCCUGCUGCACACGCAUACACGCAGGAUGGUGCUCAUUAUGUGCGCCUCAAACAAUGAAAUUGGUGACCAGUGUUUGUCCUAUGGCAAGAUGAACACACAAGACUUUUAGGAACUUUAACCACCAGCCUUAAAAAUUAAAAUAUGCAUGGUAUUCAUAUCAAUACAUAGAACUGAGAUACAGAUUUAUUUACCAAGGAAAUUGCAAAGAUUGUUCUGAGUAGUCAUGUAGAACAGUCCUUUUUGUACAUAGAGCUGUGGGACCAACAAGCCAAAUUUAAAAUAAACUUUUUUUUUCUGUA